UUCAUUCAAUGGGGGACGUGGUUUCAGCUACCGUUUGUCCCGGGUUUCGAUAUUUGCGCUCAUUGCUACUAUACUCAUAUUCACAAAUCUCAGUUUGGACACUACUUUUCACAAGCCGAGAAGGAGCACAAUGUGGAGAAGAGCUGUGACUUCCAUACACCACGCAUGCAGGAGUUGUGGGCCGUAGCGCUACGGACGCAAAGCUUUGAGCAAGUCGCGCACUAUAUGGAAAGGAGGAUUCGGAUACCGAAUUGCAAAGGGGAUGAGGCCGGUGUUUGUGAGAAUUGGUGGGGAGUACCGUCAGAGAUACCGAAUUUUGCUAUCUGCGAAGCCUGUUACAAUGAUAUUGUCUCCGCGUCACCUUUCGCAGGCUGGUUCGUUCGCCUUGAUCGCCCAAAGGGUAACGAAACCAUGUGCGAUCUGGCUGUGCCGGGUCUUAAAAAGAGGUUCCUCCAAUUCAUUGAUCCAGAAUCUCCAACGCAAUGGAAUGACUUUCUCAGAAGUGCCACUUAUCGGAUCACUGAGGUCCCAAAGUGCGUUGGAACCUCAUCUGUUGGUGGGCCUAGGAAUUGGUGGACGACCGAGAAACCUAUAAAUGGGUUUGUGAUCUGUGAAGCGUGCUAUCUGGACGAAAUUGAGCUUUCUCCAUGGCGUAAAAAAUUCAUUCCAACCCCAACUAAACAACCGCGAUCGGAGAAGUGGAGUUGCAAAUUUACUAUGGUUGGGGUUGCGCUUGCUUGGGAGGUUUCAUUGUCGAACACUGUGAAGAAUUUUGAUCACUUCUGGCACUGCGCCGAUGCCACCAGCCGAUUGUCCCAGUGCGAGGGUGCGGUUCUUGAUGGUGCUCAAUGGUAUAAAAUGUCAGGCGUUGACAACUUUACCGUCUGUCCUACAUGCUUCUACACAAUAAUUGCCGCGGCCAGCUUUGGGCGCCAUUUCUACAUUGACCAGUAUCCCCCGGGCGCUCCCACUUGCUGCGAUAUGGGGCCCGGUUCGCCCAGGCACAAACGACUCCUCGCGAAAUUGAGAGAGUCGUUGGACCUCAAAGACUUUUCCAAAUUCAAGGAAUUCGCAUACAAGCGGUCCCUCUUGCCCCCAUGCCCCGGCGACACAGGCGUGAAGGGGCGGAGAUGGUACGGUACGGACUCCUUCAUCGUGUGCGAAGAGUGCUAUGCCGAUGUGGUUGAGCCCUCGAGCCUCGCCAGCGACCUCACUGUCCAUGGCAACCUCCUGGAGGAUCCGGCUAGCUGCGACAUCUACUCCCCGCGCAUGAAUCGCAUCUGGGCCGAGGCGUGCCAGAUGAACAACGUUGACCACUUCGCUGCCGCCGCCAGGCACAGGACCGAAGUAUACCUCCGUGUCAAACCCACCAUGGAAGAGGUCCGCGCACACUUGCAGAUGCAGCGCGACAGAAUGGGAUACCCGCCCGCCACAGCCGCAGCUGGGAGCAGUGCCGGGUACCAGCACGUCCCUAUCGGGUUUGACGGAUACACUUAUGGGAAUUUAGUGGUGGGGUAUGGGUAUGCGAGCCCACAGGACGUGGAGGCUGCAACUAUGGCGGGGGCUAACCCCACCGGGAUUGAGGAUCCGGCGCUUUGGCACAAGUUGUUCUUGUUGGAGCAGGAGUGGAAGGAGGUGGAGUAAGGGGGGGGUUCGAUUCAAGCAUGCGUGCGUGUAUUUAGUGAACUUGCUCCGGUGCUGCGUUUUCAUUUAUCUCUCCUUCUCUUUUCAUUUUCCUUUCCUCCUUUCUCUUCCCUUCUCUUUUCCGCCCAAGGGCUAUUCAGCUCUAUUUUGGAAAAAGCAAACAAAUAGUCAUCAGUGAUGAAGCUGGCUGGGUGAAGUGGGUGAAUGAGCGCGCGGAUUGAGGUGAAACCGAGAAUAGUGGGAGAGGGGGGCCGCGAUUAUAGACUCUGUGCUUGCAUGAAGCGAACAAGUUUUCUUGAGGGGUGUUCGGUAUGAUAUUCUCUGCAUUAAAUCUGAUGCUGCUCGCGGAAUAAAAGGAAUCAGCUUUCUAUCAAGCCGCAUUAUCACACUCACAGACCACGACAUUUCCAAUCGCCCUAACUCUGAUUUAUUCCACCCCCUCCACCCUCACCAAUUCCCGCCCCCGGCGUCCUCUUGGAAACAAAUGCCACUGCGAUCAACUAAAUAGAAGGUUGACAAUAGCUACCCUUUCAUAUAUAUAUGUAUACCAUCUUAUCUCGCAGUUUCUCGAAGCCUCAUAGUCAAAAUUACAGGACGCUAAUCUCCCCCGAUAGCGCCAGUGCGGUCCGGAGAGCGGGUUUCUCGGGUAUCUAUCGGCUUCCACCCGCGAUCACGCGGAGGGCGAGGAGCCCGAUUCGAAGGUGGCACUGUAGCGGUGAAGAGAUACUAUUUUCAGGGGAAUAUGUAGUAUGCCUCUAUCAUACUCACAUAUACAGGGAAGCAUUCCGCCGGUGUCGUAGUCCACGGACGGAGGAGAUUCUGUGAAGGGGUCGGAAUUAUCUACGGUAUAUAUGAUACGAUAUGAUAUGAUAUGAUAUGAUACUGGGCGUGCGGGUGCGCUGGAGGGGGUCUCGUGGAAAUGCUGGGGACUGACAAAUAAAUAAAUAAAUACGAUACAACAUUGUCGAUAUGCAUCUGUGGAAAACCGGUGGUGGUGGUGGGGUUGGUUUAUCAUCCUAGCUGGCGAACGUAGCAUCGCCCCGCUGAAUCGUAAUGGCAGUUAGGAGAAAAGAUAUGGACAGCACUCGAUGAAGUCGUGAGAGGGUUGUUUUUUUUCCGUUUUUUUUCUUCUUUUUUUUUUCACUCUGGGUUAAGAGUUAUGGAAAUGUAUGAUACUUAGCUCAAAAUAUUUUCCAUCCGGUUUACAGUUUACAGAAUGAUAUUAAAUUUACCAUACCUCCGGAAGAAAAAGAAAAAAAAUUCUCCAGUCUUGCGAUAAAUAAUUCGCUCCUUCGCGAGCGAAUGCUUCCGAGUCCAUGAAAGACUGGAUAGAUACCUGGGAGGACUUUGAAGGAGGAGGAGGAGGAGGAGGAGAGGAAAAAAGAAAGAAAGAAGAAAAAAAAACCUCUUUUUCAGAACGUUGGAAGUUCUUAACUUAUACGUUUAAGAGUACCCCUUCUAAGUUUCUUACAAAUCGCUAUGGUGCAAAAAGAGGUUAUCACAAUUGUAAAAAAUAAAAUAAAAAUCUCCCAACAUCUGGAAGAGACAAAGUUAUCUAUGGGAGAGAGGUCUUGCUGCCACGCGGCUGGAGAGUCCAUUCGUAGGUAUAGUCUAAUAGAAAGGCAUGCUACCAGACCCUACGAUACUUGUACCUGGAUUGCACAACGAAUGGGGUUUAUCCAACAUGAUCUCUAACUUGUCCAUAGAGCUAAGAGAGUUUUAGAGUUUUACUAUUCUUUAAGGGGGUAAGUAGCCGUGGUAUUAAAUCUACAGUACUGUAGAGGAAUAGUUACUGUACAUUCUUGUUUUUGUUUUUGUUUUCGCUUUGAAAUUUUAUACUAAGGUUACUCACCGUCUUUCCUAACUUUUGUGGGUCUACUUUCUCCAUAAGAUAAUUGUGGUUAAAUAAAUCGGUCACCGCACACCCAUCACAGUACUCACAUGCCAUAGGUAAUUUAGGUAACUUAGACUAUUGUACAUGUCCCUGACCGUCAACAUCCGCAGAGCAGGCCACUGUCCAGCCGCAACCAUUCCUUUUUUUUUUGUAAAAAAAAAAUUAAUUUAGCAAUCUACAACCUUUAUAUGGAUCCCGGCCGUCCGUACUAUUAUAUAGCACCCCCGAAAGAACCCAUUUUAUAUGAUAGCUCCAGGCUAGCUAGCCCAUUCCAGCUCAUCAAUUACUUUCUCCCCCUCCCCACUCUCCAUGACUUAAUUCCGGUCCAUGGGUACUAUUAACUUUAUUUAUUUAUUUAUUACGGCGGUGAAAAGACACCUGGGAGUGCUGGCCCCAACGCAGCGAGAGAAUGGAUCGGUACGGGGGUUACAAACAGAGAUGCUAUAAAAUGGGUAGGUAUAUACGAAUACCAUGGAGUAUAUAUGUGUAGGAGGAGGUAUUAUAUCAUAUGAGAGAGAACUUGGAAGGAAGGAAGGACCGGUGAGUGAAGUGGUAUAAAUGCGUAGACCCCCCCCGGAUUGUACUUGUACAAGUAAAUUUAAGACUCGGGUAGUCUGUCAUCCCCACUGCGCUGUUAGGAUACGCGCGCAUCCCAUCAACUAGCAUCACGUGAACCCAGUGACACUCAGUGACUGCAGUCUCGUCUCUCCGAAACGACCACCGUCCGUCGGUAAAGUUCCCAUACCCCCCCUUCCUUGUGUCCCAGGCACUACGCCCAGCAAGAACAUGAUAAUAGCGGGAACCUUUCAGAGAAUUAUUUCCAUCAUAAAGACAUUAUGCUUAAUGCCUCUAGGGAUAUUGUAAACUUUACCACACUCUAAUUUUCCCGAUCAUACUAUCAUGAUAGGAAAGAGAGGCACAGGGAAGCCUCC